AUGGCGGCUGCAAGUGGCAGAGGCGGCCAUGGCGGUAAACGAAGGAACUCGGGUCGCAAAAAAAACGAUUUCUGACCUGAAACAGUGCAAAAGAGAGUGGUUUAAAAACCUUCAACGUACUUUCCUCGAAAUAAUAUAUUUCAGUCGUAGCUUACAGCGAAUUUCCAGGCAGGGUGUGAAUGUUCUAGUGACAGCGAGUUUACGGCACUUUCGUCAUCUCUUGAAUAUCGGAGAAGGUAAGUCUUGCUUUUCUUUGCCUGAUGAUUUAACCGUUAAAGAUCAUUUUGUCAACGAGUCAUAUUUAUGAUCAUAUUUAUGACACUUACACGAAGACAGGCAAAAGACGAAAGUGAAGCCAAGGUGCGAUGAUGCUUAUUAUGUUUCAGUGAUAUGUUUCGUGUUGGUUAGCAUUUGUUGUUGCUUUUUUUCGUUUGAAUGUUGAUUAUCGAUUAAAAACAUAUUUUCCUUAAAGGGCCACAAACGCAGAUUACAGGGGACCAGGAAAUAAGAGGUUUAAAACGGUGCAGAUCUACUCCCGCAGACCUACAUCUGUAGACCCCGGUUAAACCUUUGGGUCAGCCCUCGCCUUCUGUUGUAGGGUCUCCAGCCAUUAUUGCUGAUAGUUUGCUUAGCACUUCUGAGGUAUGGAGUCAGUCUCCCAUUCGAGAUAUUUGUGGCGUAGAUGGCGAGAGCAAUAAAGCAGCAAUGUAAGUUGCAUUUACGAAUACGUGCAUUGGUUACAAUAUGAAUUAUAAAGGUUUCUCACUUAUAGUUUGUUGUCUUUAUUUACAUAUCACAGGCAACAAUCCCAUCUGAUUUCUUUCUUCUUUUUUUUUUUUUUCGAUGACAGUUUGAACUCGUCUUUAUUUCCUCACGAUGAGAAUAUAUGUUCUGAUUCAGAACCUCUGAAUGCUUGACAGUAUAUAUGUUGUAGUUAUAUUUUUAUCUCAGAUUAUUUUUGUUUCUCUUUAGUUUUUGAGUAUGGUAAUGUAUGCUAAUGAAGUUCACACAAAAGACAAAGAAAAAUUACCUGAGAUAGCAAAUUAACAACAACAUAUAUAUAUACAUCUAUAUAUAUUCCAUCAGAUAUUGGAUAAACAUAACAGUCUAUCUAUGAUUGCACUUGAGUUUUCAUUACUGCAUGUCAGGUUUUUACACGUAAUCUCUUCCUACUAACAAACACUUCGUUCCCAGGGUGAUCUCUAAACCGGGCAUGAAAGGUCCAUUGGUGGGGUACAUUGCCUAUGAAUAGUAUUAUGUUAUACUACAGUUGGCCAUAUGUUUUGGUGCCUUUUUUCAGUAACCAAGCACUUUAUAAUUCUUCCAUCCUUGAAUAAAGACAGAUGUAUUGACACUGACAGUGACACUGAUUUUUAUGUACAAAAUUUCAGUUGCCCCACUGGCUGGGUAAGAAAAAUUAGCUUCUGCCACUAUCAGGGUGGUUCCUAAAGCGUUGCACUAUAUUGCAUACAUGCACUGGUGAAACACCAAUGCAUAAUAGUGUUAACCCCCCCCGGCCACUCCCUCCCCCCGACCCUGCCUUUCUUCAUAUGCCUGGGUCAAGAGAUCGACUUCUUAUGGAAAAACUAGGUUCUGCUAACAAAAUACAAAGUAGUGAGCUUGAAUGUGAUUUGCUGGGAAAAAUUCAAAAUUUUAUUUUUCCCUCUAUUUUUUUAUACUUUCUAACUGCUGUCUAUCUCAACAGGCACACAUGAAGUAUUGAAUGUGCUAAUAGCCUAUCCCUGCUGUAGGCAUCAAAGAGCAUAUCUUUCAGGUAAUUGCUUGUUGACUGUGCUGGUAAUGAGGAUGUUAAUGAUCAUCACUAUCAUUGGCUGAUUCUCUAUUGAACUGCAGUGUUCUAAUGUGGCCUUGAUUUUCUGUUUAGUAGCAUUUUCUUAAGUUGUGAAAAUAUUUUCUCACUCUCAAACUUGAAUAUUUUACAGUUACAGGGCCUACAGAGUAAGAAAAUGCUAUGAAGUGAUUGACUGGAACUACCACCUUCACCUCCCCCUGCCACAAACCCCCCAAAAAACCAGGAGAACAGAUGUUCAGCUGAAAGUAAUAUCAGCAGACAGAGUAAUGGGACAAAAAGAUCAUAACAGCAGACAAGGGAUAUGAAUUUAUUCCCCUCGUCAUUGCUAACAUAUUCCAUGCCAGAUUACAUGAUGUGGAUAUCAUGACAAGGAAUAUCUCUCUAAAUGCAAGUGAUCCCCAACUGUUGGCCUCAAUCCAUUGCAGCCAUACAACCACCUCUCACUGCAGAAUUGUGCAAGUGGGUGGAUCGGUUCAGUUUACCUGCACCGUCAAAAAGCUGUGAACCAGAAAAAGGUGAUCUUUAGAAAAAUCGAUCACCCAUGGAAGACUGAGUUGUCAUAUUUUGAGAUGCAUACAACAGAGUUAAGUCAUAGUGUUAUCAGACUAAGAUUUAUCACUUUCUUUAGUUUUUAUACAUUUGCAUUAAUCGAUAAUUUACAGUAAAAUCUUAUGAGAAUCAAGACAUCAAGAAGAAAGAAAUACUGAUAUUCUUCAAAGUGAAAUUUUUGUACAGCAUCAGGAAUUGUGAACAAUGAAAGACAUGUCUGGUACUGAUAUAUUAAUAUUAAUAUUAUAGUAAGAAAAACUGUCAAUUUCAACCCUAAGACAUUAGCAACUUUUAGAAAAAUAGUAAGUCAUCUGCUUUUGGGAAAAUAUGCUAUGACCUACAGACUGAACUGGAAUGCAUGUGUAUUAAAUAGCUUUUUCCAUGAAUUAAUUAACUGAUCAGUCCACCCCCAACCUCCCCUAUAUUUUGCAAGCCCAGCAUCGUUGAGGAAUAAACAAUAUAUAAGGGAACUCAAACAUUUCUAUUUACACUUUUAUUGAGAAAACCACUAGUACUUUUGGAAGUUAAGGAAAAAUGCUCCCUUGUUAUUGAUUCACAGCAUGUCAAAUAUCUGAGAAAAUGUACCAUGUUCAGGAGUGAUGUAAAACAAAACAAAGGGAAUAACCUGACUUUUGGAGUUAUACGUUUAGCCCUGGAAGUGAUGAGCAUCAAAUUUCGCGUCUCACAUAUGUGCUUUUUAAAGGGAAUACUGGUAGCCGUUUUUACAGUUGCAGCUGGAAAUGAGGCUAGAGUUGACUCUGUUUUAAUACAACCCUUCCGGCUUUAUUAUGUAAAUCAUGUUACUUUUGUGCUAACAAUUAUUAUUAUGCAUACUUUCCAUAAGAAAAGUAGGGAGGUUCGUAUCAACACAAGCUCACCUCCAUCAGCGCAUUCAAUAAAAAGCUAGGGUACUAAAUCGAGUACUUAAUACAAUAUUAUAGUAGGGAAUACAAUUCAGGGGAACAGCAAUACAGCAAUACUUAAGUCUGGAAUCUGUUAGCAUUGCCACUGGUCACGAUGGUAAAAAACAACCGAAACAGUUCUCAAUAAGUUGAAUGGUAAAACACUGCCAGGAGAAAGCCAAGAUUUCCUCGUGGUCGCACCUCCUUGCGAUUCCUGAAAGGCACAAAAAUGACCGUCCAUGAAUUUCUACCGAAGAAAAGAUUCAGAGAAACUAGAAAUGCAAUCGUUAUAUUUUUCUUACGAUGACAACUUACCCUACUUUUACAACUGGAAUUACAACUGUCUCCGCACUGGCCUUUGCACGAACAUCCUCUGUUACUGUUUCCUUUGCGCUUCGAACUGAAAGAACUCUUGCAACUACAUCCUUGUGAUCUUACCUAACGAUAAGAGUUCGAUUUGGCGCGUUCUACAUGUCAAACUAAAGAAAUCGAGGACAUUCCAAGCAAAAUAUUUCCACAAUGCCAAAGAAUCCAUAAUGGCGGCCAUGAUAAACAAGAGCGUUAAGAGCGUUGUGAAGACGAUUUCCCGAGCAUGCGCAACUCAUGAGACUGCCCCUUUAACUACCCCAAUUUAAUCUUGGCGUGAGUAAAGAGAAAUUUUGUGUCUCAUACCUAACUUGAUAUUUUUAAGACAGAGUAUCAACCAACAUGGUCUGUAUAAUAAGAAAGCUUUCGGGAUAAAGCUUUUGUAAGUUUAUUUCUCUCUUUAUUCUUUGAUUUUAAGAUCUUUAGAACUACAUGUAAAAACUUACAUCUUUUAAGUGUUCGGGACUGAAAGCAAGCGAAUCACAUCCUUAGUUUUACUUGGUUUACAAAAUAGUUGACCUGAGAUAUAUCAUCAGGUUUACGUUUAUCAAAUUGACUGAAAUUCUGUAGUGUGACUCAGAGCUCUGGCUAACUCAGUGUUAAGUGGAAUAAAGGGGGUCCUGAAUGUUACAUAAAAAAGUGCAGACACUCCACGUUUGGUUUACUACCCCAAACAGACUGAGGGGUACAACACUAUCCCAUGAGUGAAAAUUCUUGAUUUUGUUGAUGGCUCGUUCAACGUGUAUUCUAACAGAAGCAAUUUCUCGAGUCUUGAUAACAUCUUGUGCUGUCAUUUGACUAUUGGACCCUAAAAUGGGGGGAAUGUUUAGGGUUACACCCAGUGGGAGUAGGCCGUCAAUUGUAAAACCUUUAUCGGCCAUCAUGGUGUCACCAUUGUCAAACUCUAACUUCAGGAAACCACUCCCUUCAACAAUUUCACAAUCGGAAAUGUUUCCACUAUAUAGCUGACUGCUAAAAGUUAUAGCUCCACUGACAGCAAUUCCAACUAAGCCUUUCAGAGUUACAUAGCUCUUAUAGGAGCUGAACAGUUUGGAAUUCAACAGAAGGCUGGAAGGCAUUUGGCAUCUAAUUUGUGUGCAUCGCUUAUUGCACGGGUAGAAGAAUAUUUCUCUUUAAAGCCGUCAGGCAUUGUAGCUCUUAUAACCUCCCUAUUAGGCCAUAUAGAUAUUUGAAAAAAAUUUAAAUACAUCUAAUUUACCCAAGAAAGGAAUGUUCUGCUAACUGUCGACUGUGAAAUACCAAGCAAAAAGUGAGCUAGAUGUUUUUCUGCAAAUCCCCUUCUCAGUCUGCAUAGAACAAGGAAGAACUCCUCUCUGGGUUCUAAGCUUCUUCGUCUACCUAUGCUAGUACAUCCCUCUGGUUCCUCGUUUUCACUAUCUUAAAACGCCUUUUGGACAGUUCUUUCUUUUGAUAAACAGUACCUAAUGUCUUCCCCUUUCGAUCAGUAUCUAAAAAUUCAAACACAGCAUUAAAUGUUGCUAAGUUAGGAAAUCCCUCAUAUAAGGCGAUGUCCUCGUCGGAAGAUUGCGGAAGAUUGCAACAUGUAGGAGGUGCUCUCUAUUUCGGAGAACCUUUGGACCACGAAAAUCGAGAUGGAAUUACCUCUGCCUUUACAUAAACACGCUGACCUCCGAUAGUCCUCUGGCUUAAAAUGACGGGAACAGAUCUUCGUGUUUUGCCGACUCUAAACGUUUUUCCUUCGUCUCGACGAAUGGCAUGGAGCCAACGUUUUUUGAGGAUAAUGUCGUCUGGAAACUUCAAGUAAGAAAUUAUCUUCCCGUUUUCGGUUCUGUAUUUCUUUUUGGUACAGUUUGGCACACAACAAUUUUGCGGCAUUUUCAAAAACUGGCGCUCUUUGCAUCAGGCAGCCAUUGUUAUUUACCGGGCCCAACUAGCCUCGUUUUCAAGUUGAUCACUCCCAGUCUCUUUUCGUUUUGCAUAGGGUGUAUACUCUACCUUGAAGCAGGUGAAACAGUACUCACAAAUAAGUGCGUUGUACCAUUCGCGAUAGCCGAAUUCGGUCAGAAAUGUCUUGAAGCAACAUCCACACUGAAACAUGAACCCUUAAACAGCUGCAUCACUGUACACAGCGAAUGAUGAGGAUAUUUAAUCUAAUCGUUCUAAACACCUGUGGCCGUAAAAAAGACGAAAAAAUUGUGAAGAGUCAAGAUGGCGGUCUCAAAGUGCCCUUGUUCGACCUUUAGCAAUGCCAUGUUCAAUAGAUGCCAAGACCUCUUUGGUUCCUAAGCAUCAACUCAAAGUACCUUCAACCUUAUUGGUUCUUGCAACAAACAUCCGAAGCCAAAAAGCCACAAAGAUACAUACGCUCACACCACUGACAUGUGAGCUAUUUUUUCAAAAUAGCUCAAGAAGUAAGAACGGGCAUGUUUGAAAUUUUGGCGCAAAGCCAGGAGUUGCCGCUAGGAGUUUUCUCCUGACUAUUCUUUAUUUUAUUACAAGUCUCGGCUAGAAGUUUAGCAAUAGAACCAAGAGGGACUGCUGAAAAUUGGGGAAGGAUUUUAAAAGUGUCUCUCUCCAAGUUAAAAUUCAAAGGAAGAAUAAUUUGAACUGUAAAAUUUAGAUUAACAUUUGCCUUAUCCGUUAUUAUAAUUUCGUACACAAACUCAUCGAGGUUGCCCGCUCGCCAUGUCAGUUUAUCGAAAAAAGAGAGCAAAAGAAACUAACUUUCGUAGACAAAAAAUCGAUCAAAAAAGAAGCUGAAUGGAAACUCUGACCUCUCGAAAAGGUUUUUGGUAUGUAUUUUUGUGAAGCUUUUAAUAUUGACAUUCAGCUAGUCUGCUACAAAGCCGUUUUUAGUGUCUUCACGCAACGCUUCUCCCCACUAAAUUGAACCACAUUUCUUUCCCGCGAUUAGCCCAUUAGAAUCCAGCUACCAUUUUCUGGAAGGUGUUCGUGCCACGUUUGCGGUAUGGUGACUCCUCCAAUCACAGCUUUGCUUAUAUCGGGGCCCCAUGUGUGAAUGACAGAACAAUCAAAAAUCGUCGCGUGAAAACAAGCAAUCAACUAGAGUAGUGUUGGCGUAGUCGAGUCCUUUCAAAAUUUUUGAGAUAAGCAGCAACAGCAAGCAAGGCGAGCAAAUAUGAUGCACAACAUGGAUGUGCUUAUAAAGUUGCCGGGUAUAGUUUCGGGAAAUCGCUAAUCGAUGAUUUAUAAGAUUGCUUUUGUUUGAAUCAGUACCACUGAGAGUUUAAUCUUCACAGUCUUCACAUGUAAAACAACACAAUGAGCACAUCCGGCACAUGAAAUUCAUCACACAUAUGCACGUUAAAAAGAACCAACUGAUGCUGGUAAGAGUCUUGUAGGCCUAUCAAACCUUUUUUUUUCACUUGGAAUUUUGUUACCCGCUUAAAAAAAAACUUUUCUGCAAAUGACCUUUUCGUUCCUUCCAGACACAGAGCCCAUCAAAACUCAGCGACAAUUGAUUGAUUUGUCGAAAACUGAGAAGCGUGUUCGCUCCUAGCACCCUGAGGCUAACGUAUUGUCAAGUUUGUUAUACAGCAUUGGUUUGUUCGUUAGACCACCAACACAAAGGGAAAAGAAAUGUGGUUCGAUUUUUAGCAGCCGUUAGUGGGGAGGAACGUUGCGUGACGACACUAAAAACGGCUGUCUAGCAGACUAACAUUCAGCCAGAAAAGUGAAAACCGAUUGUUUGUUGUUGCUGUAAUCUGAACACCGACUUGAACGCUGCCGAGUGAAAAAAGGACUUUGAGUUUGUUUGUUUGUUUGUUUUUUUUUUCUGUAAUGGUGGCCGUUAGCUUUUAAGUUAGCUUUACUGGAGAAAUUGACAAUCUUACGAUUAAUAACUACAAAGCCUGCCAAACACGAUUAACAACUACAAAGCCUGUCAAUCGUUGUUAUCAGUCGUGGUUUUCACGAUUAUUAACUAUGUUUGACAUAAUUAUUAAUCGUAAAUGUUCUCCUUUAAGAUUAAUAAGUGCAAAGCCCACCUUGCCUGGGGCCUUUUCAGAUGAGAUUUAACUGGCAGUUUUGAGUUUGUUUUUAACUGAUAGUUGAGAUCUGUGAUCAAAAGAAUUAAUCGACAGCUAAGAAAUAGGAGUGACAUUACCGGAGGUGAGCUAGAAUCUUUCCAGAGGUGCGCACAGUUUUCGAAAUCAACUAGUCCCGCGUCUUUUUCUUAAUCGUUUUCGCACGGGUGACUUGAGCCGCGUAUAUACAAACAUUUUCUUUGGCUUCGCAAUGCCGAAAAAAGAGAAAACAUCCCCCUACUUUUUCGUCUCCUCCCAGGCAAAGCAAAAUUUAAAAUUUGUAUAAAUACAGUAUAGAGUUUCAGCUGCUCUAAUACUUCAUCAAAGUAAAACUUCAGGAGGAUCGUUAAUUCUUUAGUUUGAAAAUUUGAGGACGUUAUGUGAAAACUAGCAAUAAAUUUGUAUAGCUGCUGGCCAUGUGAGUGAAAACGCUCCAAAUGCCUCUCACGGGAAGGAAGAUCUCCUGAUACUGGGGCGUUGGAAAUACUAGGUCUCAGAAUAUAAACCAAGCAACAACAACAAUAACAUUCGGUGCAGUCAAUCUAAUAAUUGCAUUUGCUUUCGCUUAAUUAUCCAGAUAGAAGCUGCAGUGACAUUAAAGCUCGACGUCCGCAGGCCACGAGUGGCUCUUACGUCAUCGACCCUGAUGGCGAUGGAGGCAAUGAACCUUUUAAUGUCUUUUGUGACAUGACCGACAAAAAUGGUGUUGGCGUGACGGUGGUAGGUCACGACAGCGAAGCUAGAAUGCUAGUUGAUGGAUACGAAGCACCACGAAGGUACGUGAAACAUAUCACCUACAAUGCAACGGGGCUUACCGGCGUGGCACAGUUAGCAGGCCUAGCAGAUGUUUCCAUUCACUGCGAACAGUUUAUUAAGUAUGAAUGCCAUGGUGCCGCUCUUUUCAGAUAUGCUGGGUGCUGGUGGGUAUCACGUCACAAUCAAAGCAUGUUCUAUUGGGGUGGAGCUAAGCCAGGUGAUAACAAAAAGUGCGCUUGUGGGGUGACGUCGCCAAACUCGUGCGCAGACCCCUCUUUUGGAUGUAACUGCGACAAGAAUGAUUACACGUGGCGCGAGGACAGCGGUUUCCUUACUGAGAAAUCUCAACUUCCUGUGAUAGAGUUAUGGUUUGGGGACACAGCUGGCUCACAAGAGAGAGGCUACCACACCCUUGGAAAAUUCAAGUGUUACGGUUAGCCAGCCCAAUAUUGGGGUUCCUUAGUAUUAAGCCUGAUAAAUCAAAACAAUAAAAGAAGUUAAGACACAUUAAAUCCAACUACUAUCCAUAGUUUAGAUUUGUUUUUAAGUGGCUGUGUCACCGCUGUCCAAUUCAUUUUGUUUCUAGAUAAUGUCUCUAAUGCAAUUAGCCUCCCACGCAGGCGUUUUGUGGGGAGCGUAGGGACGAAAUUCGAGCUCCCCUAAAAACGCCUGCGUGGGAGGCUAUAAUGCCAUCUACGGAUCUUUAUUCGCUAUAAUACUUGACAAAACUGUGAAUGACAGAAUCACAGUUGCCUGUCAUACAAAAUAUGUCUCCUAAGCAUUAUAUCCAUGAUUAAUAAAAAGCAAAAAUGAACUUUGAAAAACUGUUAGGUGAACAAGUUUUCAAAAACCACACUUGAAUUCCCUUUCAAUAUUCUUGAAGUUUGUCCAUCCCUGCUUCCCUUUGUAUUUGCUGUGUCAUUUAUACCUUCUUCUAACUUUUGAAGCGCUUAUUUUAAUGUUUCACUUAAAAGGUGAUAGGUACGACGGUCUAAAUAUUGAUGCAAUUCGUGGCACAGCUCCUUUAAGGGGCCUUAGCAUUGCUUGUUUAGACUUCUAG